AUGUCGUUGAAGAAGUUCGUCAUGUCCGGUAUUCAGGACGUACUGGAGAACAAACUACUUCAAGGAAAUCGUGGUCAACAGCAACCACAACAGCCACCCCAAGAUCACGGAUCUACCAUGAAUCAGGGCUACGGUAAUCAAAGUGGCGGCUAUCCUCCACCAAGCGGUCCAGGAAACGCUGGCUAUAACGCCUACGAUCAACAAGGAGGUUAUCAGCAACCGGGAGGCUAUCCCAAUAAUCCACCACCAGGCGGAUACCCCCCACAACAAGGUGGUUAUCCUCCACCAGGAGGAUACCCACCUCAAUCAGGAGGUUAUCCACCUCAAUCGGGUGGAUAUCCUCCACAGGCAGGAUAUCCUCAAGGAGGACCUCCAGGAAUGCCACAGCCUAGCGGAUAUACCCCUAAUCGAGGUCCAUCACCGCCUAUUGGAUUCAAUACCGGUUAUCCUGAUCCAUCAGCUCAACCGUAUCCUCCACAAGGUGCCAUGGGAUAUCCUUCUCAACCGGGAGGUUACCCACCACAAUCGGGAGGUUAUCCUCCACAACAGGGCUAUCAGCCGCCAGGACAAUACGGGUCCGGCUAUGCAGCCCCGGCUCCUUAUCCAUCAACCUGGACAGUACAAACCAGGUGA